GUAAUUGUCCAGAAACUUCCAAAGGUUCUUAUAAACACGGACGUUUCCAAUUAGAGAGCAGAGUUCUACAAGUUUCGAGAGCCUUCGCUCGAAUCGAACCAGUUCGUAAGAUCGUAAUCGGGAAAGAUGUCGGAGUACGAGAAUGUGGUGAUGGGGAAGUUGAGGAUCAAGGGGAAGGCAUUAGGCGUAAAAGGAGACGGAAUCAGAAAGAAGAAGAAGCCGAGGAAGCAAUUUGACAAUUUUUCUCAACUUGUGAGAGGAGACGAUCUCUCAUCAGGAAAGAACAUACACGAUGACGCUAUCGAUGGCGACAAUGGCAAAGGGUCGUAUGCUGCAAACGACAAUAUGCUAACACCGGCCGAGAGGCGAUAUCUUCAGCAAUGGGAAAAGAUUGAUCUUCAAAGAAUGGCCCAGAUGGCUAGCAAAUCUCACCGGGAUCGGAUUCAAGAAUUCAAUCAAUAUCUUGCCAAUUUGAGUGAGCACCAUGACAUUCCUAAAGUCGGGCCUGGCUAACUAUUUUCUCUUGUUUGAUUUUAGUCAUCUUAUUCUUGAUUUUCUGACGAUUGGAUUCAAGGAUUCAAUCAAGAUCUUGCCUAUUUGAGUGAGCACCAUGACAUUCCUAAAAUCGGGCUUAGUUCUAUUUUAGUCAUUGUAUUCUUAAUUUCUUUUGUCCAUGUACAAUUAAAUUUAAAAUCAAUUAAAAAUAUCUCAACAAGAAUUGGACAUUUUUGGAAAUAUAAAAUUGGACAAAUUUUAUAGUA